AGGCACUCCGCUGCAUCGAUCCAAAACCCACCGUAUGACGACGUUACACCUGCAAUUCGGUCUACGUCCCAGCCAUCCAUUGCUCCGACGUGUAGUAUUACCUCCAUUACUGCCCAAGAAUACCUUGAUGACUCAACCCCAAAUACUCAUAACGCACCUUCUUCCGAGCACACCAAUAAGGUUAGCAAACGCGAACUGGGACCUACCAAGGAGCGUGAAUCAGAGACUGCCAAGGAACGCGAAUCGGAGGCUGCCAAAGAGCAAGAACUGGUGGCUGACAAGGAACGUGAAUCGGAGACUGCCAAGGAGCGCGGGGUGGAUAAGCAUCAGGGCAUCUUGGACAGCACUAGCACUAAAUCACUCGAGCGCAAGGAGGAUUUGGGUUCAUCCCCUGUUUUGCAUUCGAACAAGAUUUCUGAUGUAGCUCAUGACCAAUCCAUCAGCUCUUCAAACGAAAAGAGCCAUUCAACCUUUGGAUAUGGUCGCCGCCUCAUCUCAGACUCAAUGCACAUACCAAUCACCUUAAGUACGCGUAAAUCUAACUCCGAGGCUCAAUCUUUCAGUACUGAGAAUAAUAGCGACGUCCUAUCGGGAUCUAUAAGUAC